GAAAAAGAGGGGGUGCCCCACCGAUCCCCCCACAGCAGCCAUCCUCAUGUGCCAAGGGCCCCCCAAUACGAAAGGAGGAGGAGGAGGGGAGGCCCCGGGGGUGAUGAUGGACCCCCCAGGCCCAGCCCUGGCUUUGCCUCCCCCGCAGAGGGAGACCUGGACCCGGCAGAUGGACUUCAUCAUGUCCUGCGUGGGCUUCGCCGUGGGGCUGGGCAACGUCUGGCGCUUCCCUUACCUCUGCUACAAGAACGGAGGAGGUGUGUUCCUCAUCCCUUACCUUCUUAUUGCCCUCAUUGGCGGGAUUCCCAUCUUCUUCCUGGAAAUUUCCUUGGGGCAGUUCAUGAAGGCCGGGAGCAUCAACGUAUGGAACAUCGCACCGCUCUUUAAAGGACUGGGGUUUGCCUCCAUGGUGAUCGUCUUCUACUGCAACACCUACUACAUCAUGGUGCUUGCUUGGGGUUUCUAUUACCUGGUGAAGUCUUUCACAGCCACCCUACCCUGGGCAACCUGCGGGAACGUGUGGAACUCCCCUGAGUGUGUCGAGAUCUUCCGACAUGAAGACUGUGCCAACGGCACUGCUAAUGGCAACCUGACCUGCGAUGAACUCUCUGACAAGAGAUCACCCGUCAUCGAAUUUUGGGAGAAUAAAGUACUGCGUCUGUCAGGAGGCCUGGAGUUCCCUGGAGCUAUCAACUGGGAGGUGACCCUCUGCCUCAUCGCUUGCUGGGUCCUUGUCUAUUUCUGUGUCUGGAAGGGUGUCAAGUCCACAGGAAAGAUUGUCUACUUCACUGCUACAUUCCCUUACGUGGUGCUCAUCAUAUUGCUUAUUCGAGGGGUGAUGCUGCCUGGAGCUCUGGAUGGGAUCAUCUACUAUCUCAAACCAGACUGGUCCAAACUGGCCACCCCUCAGGUGUGGAUCGAUGCCGGGACCCAAAUCUUUUUCUCGUAUGCCAUAGGACUGGGGGCACUCACUGCCCUGGGCAGCUAUAACCGGUUCAACAACAAUUGCUAUAAAGAUGCCAUCAUCCUGGCACUGAUCAAUAGUGGGACCAGCUUCUUCUCCGGCUUCGUAGUCUUCUCCAUUUUGGGCUUCAUGGCGACAGAGCAGGGAGUUGACAUCUCCAAAGUGGCCGAGUCAGGGCCUGGACUGGCAUUCAUUGCAUAUCCACGAGCUGUUACCUUGAUGCCAAUUGCUCCACUCUGGGCUGCCCUCUUUUUCUUCAUGUUGCUGCUCCUGGGCUUAGAUAGCCAGUUUGUGGGUGUUGAAGGCUUUAUCACCGGCAUUCUGGAUUUCUUCUCAGCCUCUUAUGCCUUCCGAUUCCAGAGAGAGGUCACUGUGGCUGUCUGCUGCAUUGUCUGCUUCUUCAUUGAGUUGUCUAUGGUGACUGAGGGGGGCAUGUAUGUCUUCCAGCUCUUCGAUUACUAUUCAGCAAGUGGCACAACCCUUCUGUGGCAGGCCUUCUGGGAGUGCGUGGCAAUUGCCUGGGUUUACGGUGCCGACCGUUUCAUGGAUGACAUUGCCUGCAUGAUUGGCUACCGGCCCUCCUCAUGGAUGAAGUGGUGCUGGAUGUUCCUGACCCCUUUCAUCUGCCUGGGCAUCUUUCUUUUCAACGUUGCCUACUACAAGCCAUUGAUCUACAACAACAGCUAUAUCUACCCCUGGUGGGGAGAAGCCAUCGGCUGGGGCUUUGCACUAUCCUCCAUGCUGUGUGUCCCUCUUACCGCCCUCUACAAACUCAUCCGUGCCAAGGGGACGCUGGCUGAGCGCUGGCACCACCUGACCCAACCAAUCUGGGGGUUACACCAUUUGGAAUACAAGGUGCCCGAAUCAGACAUUGGUGUUCUGACCACCUUGACCCCGGUCUCAGACGGGAGCUCCAAAGUUGUCAUCUUGGAAAGCGUCAUGUGAACAGCGGCCACCCGCUGUACUCUAACAAGAGGCACCAUUUCUCCAUGCCACUCAACCCCCAGCUGUCGGUUGAGAGGGGAGUAGGGGUGGGAGAGGGAUGCACUUCAUCUGUCAUGAGUUGAGUUGGGGGGUAGUGCUCCCUACUAGUUGGGAAAAGGUAUUAUUGGUUCUUUAUCCACUUCCCACCGUUACCUCUCAGGACCCAGAAUAGGCUUGGCUGAGGGGAAGGGAUAACCAACCCCUCAGAUCUCUGAACAGAAGGUGGGAAUACUAAAGGCCAUAGGGGUGGUGGGAGGGGAAGAGGGGAAAGAGAGCCUUAGAUUUACAUUUUUUUAAAAGAAGAAAACAUUAUUUUUUAAAGAUAAAGUAUUUUAAAUUUCUAUAUAUAUAUAUAUACAUUAUAUAAAAAUAAAUAUAUAUAUAUAAGUAUUUAGCCAAAUGCAGGGGAGACGGCAUAGCCUCCCACCAAAUGGGUUGCAGUUUUGGGACUGAAAAUUCCUGAAUUUUUAUUCCCCCAGUUCUCUGCAAUCUGCAUCACUGGCUAGAGAUGGGAAUCCCUAGUUUCCAUCUCCAACCAGCGUAAGGGCAACAGAGUCACAGAGGCAAUUGGAAGAAGCAGGAAGGGAUCAGAAAGAGCACUGGGGACAAGGACACCUGGGUGCUAAUGUCUGCCAUUCUGGAUAGAGAGUCAUAGUCAUCAGCAAGUGGCUGGGACUCUCUCCUCAGCUCCUUCCUUCCCAGUUGGGUUGAGGUGGUAAAUGUGUGUAUUCCUCCUGCAUGCCCAUGCCCACAAACAUUUGGGUCCAUGAAGUGACCCUGCGACCCCUUUGCAAGGUGGCUGAAUGUGACAGCAGCCCUUUUUGGCCUAACUUGAUCAACCAACCACAGUAUUACUGGAAGCUCCUUCUCCCACAUGGACACACUGUCUGGAAAGUGGCCAUCGUGGCUGACUUUUAUUUCCCUAGCUGACCUUUAUAAUCAUGUGGAAAGAAAUUAGGUUAUCCAUAUAACCUGGGGGCUGCCAAAGCUUGGAAAAGAUACCUCUUUGAACGUUAAGUCCCAGAAUCCCCCAACUAUCAUAUUGGGGUCAUAUUGGGAUCAUAAAAUUUGCUAUUACCUCAAAUAGUGGGGAGUGGGGAAUGUCUGUUUGUUUUAGAGCUUUCUCCAUCCACAUGGCCGAGGGAAGAAAGAGCAGGGAUGGCUUGGUUCAAGAUGGAAAGGUUCCUUUGGGACAACAUUGUUUCCUUCUCACCUCCCUUCUAUAGUGAGCACCAGUACGGAGAGAGGAACACAACUAGCCACCCCAUUGCAUCCUAAAUGGUCUUUUUUACACACUUUGAUGGGGCUGUGCAUUAGAAAAUAAACAACCCAUUGGUCUGCCUCACUAACCUGUGACAUUUAAGGCAGCACAAGACCAUUUUGUGCAGUGGCUGGCUGAUACACUUUCUGUUGUUCCCUGCCACCAUUUCAAAGCAUUGUGUCCCAGAUUUGGGGAAGGAAGAGAAAUGUGAAAUUCUCCCUUAACUGAGCCAGUUUGCUUCCAGACAGAGGGCUCAAAGUGUUAGGAGAUCAGAACCUGUUCCAUCUUUUGAUCUUUAUUUUCUGCAUUUAAAAAAAGCCAAAAGAAGUGGUGGAAAAAACACAGGAGGGCUAAAAGUAAGAAGAUGGUGUCAUUUGGAAACAUCCCCUUCCCCCCAAAAAUAACCUGAACAAGACAACAGUGCAAUGAAAUCCUCACCUAGAAAUACCCUGGACAGAAAACCCAGAUGUUCUGUGUCUCCCAAGCCAAGAUUAUAUCCCAAACUUUUUACCUGUGGAAGAGAUAAAACUUCAUCUUCUACCUGAAUAUCAGGGCUGGGGAACCUGAAGCCUUGCAGAUGUUGGACCACAAUUUCCAUAAUCCCUUUCACUGUUAUCUAUGUGAGGUGAGGUUGAUGGGAGUUGAGGUCCAUCAACAGCCAAGAUCCUAUUCAGUGCCAGCAGAUACGUAUACAGUAGCAAUGCUCUAGUCAACAUUUGGUGGCUGUUGCAGUUGGUUUGCAGUAAUUCCUCGAGUAGCCAUUCUGGGUGAUAGGAGACUGUGGGUAAUGGGGUACUGGAUGCAUCCUUAUCCAAAAAGAAUAAUUUCCACCAUAAUCUGGCCACAGGUUUCCCACCCCUGCUCUUCAUUCAGUAUCAGAUGUCCCUCUGUGCUCCAUUGCCCCUCCUGGGAGGUGGGGGACAACCUAUUUUAGGGUUUUAAUUUGCACAUUUUCUAAGAGAGAGAGAGAGAGAGAGAGACUGUGUACGUGUAUAUAUGUGUGUGUGCGUGUAUUUGGUACAUGCACACACGCAUCACAAGCAAACCGAACGUUAACUGUGUGAAAAGCUACCCGCUUCUCUAUUUUUAAAGGACACAUUUAUGCAAGAAAGAUGAAUGUCUAAUUUUCUUAAUAUUUCUUAAUAUUUUCUGUUGGUAAAGAUCUAUACAUAAUAUGUAUAUAUAUGUGUGCGCGUGUGUGCAUGUGUGUAUGUAUAUGUAUAUGUACUGUAUAUAUAGAUACACACACACGCACGUACAUGAGAUAACAUAACAAGCCAACCUCAUGAUACAGGGUUUGGGAUAUUUGGGGUUUUAGGGAUUAGUGGGGUGGGGGUGGGGGGCGGGGGGAAUCUUUUCAGUAUAGCAGGUAGUGAUGGUGGAGGGGAAGUGGACAGGAUCAACAAGGGAUGGGUAGGUGGGUGAGUUAUGCUAAGCUAGCCAACAGUUGUAUAAUUUGUUCCAUCCUCUGCUUUGUCAAUAUCUGAUAUUGUCUUCUGCCCUGGUUGCUUUCAAGGCUUUUAAUAUUUUAAUAGCAGCUACUUCACGUAAUGUGAGGCACUUCAGGCAUGACAAAAGUUCCUGCACCAAAAGCGGAGUGUAGCUUCCACAUUCAGAUUCUGUUUCUAGCUAUGAAUAAUACUGGCCUGCUGGAAAAUGAACAGAAGAGGGUUAUCACCAUGCAAAAUGAUCUUGUGGCAACUUUGAGAGUAAACGGAAAGAGAGAAGCUGGUGGCAUGAGGUUUCAGAAACUUGAGUCUACAAAACCUCAUACUACCAGCUUCAUCUUUCAGUUAGUCUCAAAGGUGCUACAAGAUCCCUUUGUAUACCGAUUUUCCAGACUAACAUGGCUAUGUUUUAGAAGAAGGUUAUGUCCUCUAUGAGCUUUAUCACACUCGCGAGAUCCCACGGGCAAACAGGAGUUAAACGCAAUUUAAAUUAAAUUUGAAUUAAAUUCGGAUGUUCCAAAAGUAAAAAGCUGCCGGUUUUCUCCACUUUAAUUGCAGUUUAACUUCACAUUAUUUCAUGUUAACUGCAAUGUCGUGUGAUAAACUUCAGGCAUUUCCAGGUUUUCUUCGUGUUAAAUUGUGUUUAACUCCCGUUUGCCUGCGGGAACUCGCUAGUGUGAUAAUGCUCUAUGCUAUUCCGAUGAGCCUGUCUAAAGGCAGAGUUUGGGAAAUUUGGAUUUGUUUGGACUACAAGUCUCAGACUCUCCCAGCCAGCUGGCCCCUAUCCAACUGUCUGGUGGAUUCUGGAAGUUGUAACCCUUCUCUCAAAAGCAAUGUCCUCAAGCUCUGCUCAAAGGCCUCUGGGCUGUCUUCUUUUGCAAAUAGGACAUUGAGCCAGAUGAAACUGUCAUUUUAUCCUACAGGACUGCUCUGUAAGGCUUCCUGUUUAAUGUUUGUUUUCAGUGGGAAAUGGCAUGAGACGUUCCUGUACCACAAUGUGUUGUGUAGUCACACCUGUUUCAUUUUACUGUGCCCACAAAUGCACCUAUAUUAAGCAAGAUAUUCUACAUGCAGGUUGUACGUAAUUUCUUGCACAAUAUGUAUGGGAAAUUUGUCACGUCUGAACUGUUAACUAUGAUGACAUUCAGCACCUGUUUGGGCAAUGAGUUUAGAUUCCUUUCCAUUCUGGCCCUUCUCCUCCUCCAUCAGUUUGUUUACUGGUCACACGCUGGCUAAUUAUGGAAUACUUAGUUGAUAAGUCACCUGCCUUUUGAUCAAUUUAAUAUAAAUAUAUUUGCAUAGUACCAAAAUUUCAAUAUGGGUGCCUUUCUGAGAUGUUUAUUAUAUUAUAAGCCUAAGAUUUGUGACUCAGUGUUAGAAUGAAAAGGCCAUCUCUUCACAUUUUUCUCCCUCAUUUCCCUUUACAGUAGAAUGGUAGAAUGUCAGAGCCAAAAUAGCCUCAAAAGAUAUGUGCUCUUUAUUCUUAGCUGCAGAAGUCAAAGCUGACCUUCCCUGCUUCUCGUUGUGUAACUAAAAUUGAAUUUUGCAGCCCUUUUUCUCAGCCUCAUAUCCGCUCAGGUUCGACAAGGUUCAUUAACAGAGGCACCUUUUCAGCAUUUUGCAUUGGGCCACUUAUCUAUCGGCAUAUUCUUAACAAUCAUCUUUUCGGUAUUUCUAAGUGAUUUGUGUACACACUCACACAUGUCACGCUGAGCAACACAUAAUAGGGGUGCGGAGAAAACUGCAGAUAGAUUUGAUGCAAUUUUGCUUUGCUUUUAAAACAAUUCCUACCCCCCAAAUGGAAAGAACAGUUGUUUUUCUGCCUCCAGUAUGAGAGAGGGGAGCCCUUCUAUAUUGUAAACUGGGUACAAACAGCAAAAAAGGCAGACCAUAUGAGAAUGAUACGAAAGAAUGCAUUACGAAACACGUUAGGGGUACUAUAACAGAGAGCAGAGGUAGAGUCAGCUUUGAUGCAGAACUGGGUGGAUUCCAGAUUUCCUUUGACAUUUCGGGGAAGUAAUUAGAAGUACACCUGCCCACCCACCCCCAUCUGAGAUUGUGCUACUAACACGUGUUCUUCCUUCCAGAACCAUCUGUCCCAAUGCCCCGUAGCCCUCCAUAAAAUAACCUAUUCCCUCCAUAAAGUUGGAAAGACUUUGCCAUGCACUAUUGUGGGUAAUAGGUACCUAUUUCUCGCUGCAGCCUACAGUGUCUUUUACUUUCAGAAGCCAUUCUGUUGCUGCCACUCACAUAGGGUUUCAGGAGCAGAAGUAACGCCAGUACCAUGGAGAAGUAACUGGUGGUAACUGAGGUUGGCCAGGGCUCAGCCGGAUAACUAGUUAAGAGGUACUACAACAGUUCUGUGCUGUAGUAGUUCCUUCCUGGCUGCACUCUUCAUGCUGCCUUUUCAAGAAUGGGGAUGGGGGACAACCUCUUUCCCCAAAUAGGUAGCCAAUCGCAUUGUAGGUUUGUCUCAGAGCCUGGAAAAGUUACUUUUUGGGACAUAAACUCUGAGAAUUCCCCUGCCAGCAUGGCCAAUGGCUGUUCUGGUGAGAAGAUUCAAGGAGUCGUAUAAUCCAAACUUUUGUGAGCUCUGGUUUUUGGUUCUGCUUGAGCUGAGAGGAGGUGUUUCUGGCACAGAAGCCACCAUCCUUUGCCAGACAUACACUUCUCUCAAGGCUCUUGUCCUUCCCCAGUUCUGCUUUCCUGGGUAGCCUUGCCAGUCCCGUUCUCGGCCUGGCACAGGCUCUGUGCCACCCCACACUGCCAAGCAACAACAAGGCCUUUGAUACAGCCGCGUGAAGUCCCAGGACUUCAGACUGAGGAAGAGCUGAAAUUCAGCCAGAUUUUGCUUUAGGUGUUUUAUUUCUAAAAGCCAUUAGCCACUGGCAUAGAUUGCCAAAAAACGAGGCCAUCAAUUUCCUCUCUCUCCCGAACUGAAACAAACCCCUAAGAGAUGAUGAAUUUAACUGCCUUACUCAUAUAAUGAUUGGAGAGGAGUUUGAGCCCCCUUGCCAAUUAUCUGUACUCUUUUGUUCUUGCUCUCAGUCAGACCACACUUUGCAUUCGGAACUACUGCACUAGUUUAUUUAUCUAUUUUUACACUCCUUUAUGUUUCUUGUACUAAACUGCAUCCAAGAGUUGACAACACAGAUGGCCAUAUUACUUUGACUCUAUAGUAAUAUGGCUGUCCAUGUUGUCAACUCCUGGAUCUACGGGGAAGUGAGUUGACACAAUGUAGAUGGUGCAGGUGAAAUUUAUUUAUUCUGGGUUUAAAGUAACAGCUGUGCUCUGUGACCUGAGAAUUUCCAACCAGGCCAACUAGUUAAUAUUUCCACAAGAACUGUGGGAAUUUCCCCAUCGCUUCCCCUCACCCCAUCCCAUGCAAUUGGGCCCAUUGCUAGGGUUUUUCCAAGCACCUGUUGCUGCUGCUAAAAUGGUUGCAACUUUGUGAAAGUGCCAAGUCUUAGACUGCAUCUGCACUGGAGAAAUAGUUUGGUUUGAUGUGAUGUUAACUGCCAUGGCUAAACAUUAUGGAAUUCUGGGAACUGUAGUUUCAGUAUUUCAUAGCAUUGAGCCAUGGUAGUUUAAGUCACAGCAAACCAGAUUAUUUCUGCAGUGUGGAUGUAGCCUUAGUCUCCUUUUAAAUGGAGGGACAAGGGGCUAUCAGAUGUUUCAUUUGCUCAGGGCCAGGUUUCUAGCGGAAGAGCAAAUCCAUGUCUUCUAACAUGCACGCACACACUCACACUCACGCCUGCAUCCGCAGCACCGUGGGAGAAACUAAACUGCAGUCUUCCAGGGUUUCAGCUUUAAAUCCACUAGUGUUGUUGUCUCAAUGCCAAGUGUUGUUCCUAAACCUUCCCCUUCGCACCCCAUCCCUUUCAAGUCCUGCCUUGUGCAGGUUAUGUACUAUCUGUGAUUUUUAUUAUUCGUGCGCUAACUUUAUCAUGGAACAUAGCAAUAAAAGGAACCACCCUGACCUUCCAUCCA